AUAACGCGUGACGUUAUACGAUGUUCAUCUACAAACGCUUUAAAAGUGGAUUUUAAAAGCAAACAUUCUAUACUUACAUCCUUUAACGCUGGAGUAAAGUUAUCAAAUAUAGGCUACGUUUGUUAAUAUAUCAGAGAUAAAAUGUUUUUUGUAUUGCAUAUAAGUUUAAAUUUCUUUUUUUGGAUAAUUAUCUGUAGUAACAAAGUGUUUGGCUGUACUUCAACAACGUCUACAUACAAAAGAUCUGGGGACAGUGUGACCAUUCAGUUUCAAGCAAUAACUGUAAACUCUGAAGAUCCUUCUAUGCGUGUAAUGAACCAGAUACUGUCGGAUAAUGAUACUCAAAUAUUGACCGUUUUAUAUAGAAAUGGUGAAAAUACAUUAUUAUAUAACUGUACCACGUGUACAUUUACCGGUAAUGUUGCUACUGGAGACCUCUCUAUCAGAAUUGACAACAUAAAAACAUCGGAUAGGGGAACAUAUAAACAUUCAGUUACCCAGACAAGACAGGAAGUAAAAGGAUGUACAAAGGUCUACAUCUUAGGUGUGCCUACUAAACCAGUUGUUAAACUGGCUAAAAUACCAAUAGAAGGCGAGAGUGCAGUAUUAAUAUGCAAUAGUACAUCGACAACAAUACCUAAUGACCCUAACCUCAGGAUGACCUUCAACUGGAAAGUAAACAACAGCGAUGCAAAUGACCAAAGUUAUACUUAUUCUAGCAGUAAACAUAUACUGUCGAUAUCCAAUAUUGACAGGAAAGAUAUUAACCUACAAUUUACGUGUACAGCAACAGAAGAUGUCAGUAAUGCAUAUACAUCGGUCAGCAGUGACAUUUUUAGGAUGAAUGUUUAUUAUCCAACAUCAGUUUCUUCAUUUGAUGUGAAGGGACAUAAAGGGACGUCAAAUGUGAUUCUGGACGAAAACGAUGAAGGCUUGCAGUUAUUAUGUAAAGUUGACAGCAAUCCAGCUUCGUCUGCACAAAUUCUAUUUAAAGACGAAGUUAAAAAUGAAUCAUCAGAUUUUAAUUAUGUCUCGUUCACAUUCAGUAGUGUAUCAUGCCUUGAUAGCGGCGACUAUACGUGUGAAGGAAGCAACAAGAUUGCACAGUCAUUCUAGAACGAACAUACAGUUACUUGUUAAUUGUGCACCGCGUCCACUGUUUCGGAUAGAUCAGAAUAUUUCAAGCAUAUUACACGUGCAGGCCAUGUUGAGUUUUACUACUUUAGCCUAUCCAUAUCCAGGAUUGAAAGGAUUCUCUUGGCAGAAGGAAAAUGACGCAAACUGGGCCCAAGUUUUGACUAAUAGGGAUUUUUUGAUAACAUCAACAGCGUUACAGUCUAAUUUGACUAUCCUUAACAUAACAAAGACUGAUUUCGGACGGUAUAGACUCAUUGUGAAUAACAGUAUAGGAACCUUCAUUCAACACUUCAACUUAGCUGAAACGAUAUUGGACGAAGGAGAAGGAUUUUGGGAUACUUAUAAAAGCACAAUCAUAACAGGAGUUUCUCUUGGAAUAGUAAUUGCAAUACUCGUUGGUGUACUGGUCACCAUUCUUUAUAGAAGGAAAAUAAACAGAAAAGUUCAUUUUUCAGGGUCGCAGGCACACAAAAAUAAAAGGCAAAAAGAGAAUGCUACAGUCGCCAAAAAAUAUGACAAACAAGAUCAACAAGGAAAUGCGGCGUACAAUGAACGCAACCCCCGUAUGACCCAGCGACAACAAGACACUUGUACCCACAGCGUCGCCUAUGGUUCAGCCGAGGCAAGCGAAUAUAAGAAGAAAUGAACUGAAUGAAAUACUGUAUGUGUUUGCACGUAAAACACUGAAAUGAUAUUAUAUAUUUUAGGUGUGUACUACAGUGUCUUUAUCUUAAGAAAUAAAACUUUUAUUUAUUAUAACAUAUAUAAUUCAAGUUAAAAUCACCUUGUAAUUGUCUAAUUUUUUUGUUUCGUAUCCUAAAUAUCUCAAUAAAAGUGAUUCCUCGGAAGCAUUUAAACAGCAAAAUUACAUGAAAUUUGCAGACUCGGUUUAAUUGAGUCUGUACACAAAAGAUAGUAAAACAGUGCAGCAAUUAAUCCUUCAUUAUGCCUACAUAAUAAUUUAAAAUUGAUGUAGAAAAUCCUAUAUGUUCUUUUUAUUUAUAUGUACAUUGUAUUUGUAUUUUUGCAAUAAGUGACGUAAGAAAGUUCUUAAGACCUUGAUAGUCAUGUAUAUAACCUUUGAUUUAUGUUCAUUUGUACGUCCGAUUUCGCUAGAAUUAUCUCUUUGAUGUUCCGUUAUGAUUAUUGUAGCUGUUGUUAUUAAGAUAUUAGUUUAU